AUGUCAGUCACAGCAAAUAUUCAGCAGCUUGAGAUAGGCGAUCGCGUGGAAGAGUUGCUCAAAAGAGUUGACGGUGACUGGGGAGCUAAAACGACAUAUACCAGGGAUCUAAAAGAUCUAGAUAUUGGUUGGCGAUCAGAAAGGACGACCGAGUGGUUUCUAAAGCACUACAGAGUAUCACGUUGGUUAUCGCAAGUCACUCCUGAACGGACACUUUCUGCUUUGUCAGUUCAAGGCAAACCGGGUUACGGGAAAACCACACUAUGUGCCACUCUUAUUGAGCACAUCCAAACCUGCUAUACGAACUAUCCAUCACAUGACUCAGUGGCAGUCGUAUAUUUCUUCUUCGACCGACAGCGACAAACGAACUCUUCAGCGAUGGCAGCCCUUAGGGCUAUGCCCACCCAGCUCUUGCAUAUCUUCCGAAAGGAUGAUGCGAUUGUGGACAUCAUAACUCUACUAUGGGAUCAAAACAAAUCGGGGCAAGUGACUGCAUCUACUAGCGAGAUCGUAUCGGCCAUUUGCCUGCUCUCAUCUCGAGUUUCGAAGCUUUUCAUGGCUAUCGAUGGGGCUGAUGAGUGCCAAGAUCACGAAGGUCUUUUCGACUAUCUCAAAGAGAUAUCCCAAUAUUCAAACUCUGUUUCCGUUGCAUUCUUCAGUCGUCCUACACUGGCCAUCCUCCAAGAUUUGAAGUUCCAUGCUUCAACUUCUUGA